AUGAAGUCACCCAAACCGACAAGAGGAAAAAUGUGUAAACACAUCCUGAACGCCCAAGUGGCCAUCCGCUCUCCUUGCUGUAAAAAAUGGUUCGACUGCGCCGAAUGCCACCAAGAACAAGAAUCCCACACCCUCACCAAAACCACUGAAAUGGUCUUUGCGUGCAAGAAAUGCAAGAAAUGUUUCCGGAAAGACGCGACGGAGUUUGAUGAGAGUGACGAGUACUGCCCGCACUGCGAUAACCAUUUCGUGAUUGAGGCCGUUACGCCGACUCCGACGUUGCAGGUCGAGGGUGAGGAUGCGAGGAUUGACUCGAGGAUGCUCAAAGACGACCGUGUUCGCGGACACCAGGAACGCUCCAUCUUCAACUUCAAAGAUAUUUCCGAUCGCUUGGGUUAG